ACAAAAGAGAUUGUGAAAAGAUGGAGAGAUGGAAUCAGGAGGACCGCCGGACCCUGGGUUGACUCAGACUGACGUGACCUCUGCGUCUGGGUGUUUAACCUGAUCUGAACCCCUUGACGACCUGCUGUCACAGGGCAGACUUUCCAGGUUUGAUCACUUCUGCUAUGACUGAAAUCCAGCAGAAGUUGGAGGGAGUUCACUGAUAGAGUUGGGUACUGCUGGAUCACUAUGGAUUUCUACAAAUGUUUGAGCUUACUUUUCUUCACUCUUCCUCCACAAGUGUGUUUCCAACUUGGACCCCGUGCCCACGCUGAAGAGAGGCUGCUCCAGAAUCUGUUUGCAAAUUACAAUAAGCUCUCCCGACCUGUGAGGAACACUACAGAUACAGUACUAGUCCACUUUGGACUAUCUAUCGCUCAGCUAAUUGAUGUGGAUGAGAAGAACCAGAUGAUGACUACAAAUGUCUGGGUUAAGCAAGAAUGGAACGAUUACAAACUCCGCUGGAACCCAGAGGAUUAUGAAAAUGUCACCUCCAUACGUAUCCCCUCAGAGAUUAUCUGGAGACCCGACAUUGUCCUCUACAACAAUGCCGACGGUGACUUUGCAGUUACUCACUUCACAAAGGCGCAUCUGUUCUACGAUGGCCAGAUAAAGUGGAUGCCACCAGCCAUUUAUAAGUCUUCAUGCAGCAUAGAUGUCACGUUUUUCCCUUUUGACCAGCAAAGCUGCAAGAUGAAGUUCGGCUCUUGGACCUAUGACCGUGCCAAGAUCGAUCUGAUCAGCAUGGCCGGUGAUGUGGACCAGAUGGACUACUGGGAGAGCGGGGAGUGGGUGAUUGUCAAUGCAGUGGGCAAGUACAAUACAAAAAAGUAUGAGUGCUGCACAGAGAUCUAUGCAGACAUCACUUACUACUUCAUCAUUCGGAGGCUUCCAUUGUUCUACACUAUAAACCUUAUUAUCCCCUGUCUGCUUAUCUCCUGCUUGACUGUGCUGGUGUUCUAUUUGCCUUCCCAGUGUGGCGAGAAGAUUACCUUGUGCAUUUCAGUGCUACUGUCCUUAACAGUGUUCCUCCUGCUGAUAACAGAGAUAAUACCAUCUACAUCUCUGGUCAUACCACUGAUUGGUGAAUACCUGCUGUUCACUAUGGUCUUUGUCACGCUCUCCAUCAUAAUUACCGUCUUUGUGUUGAAUGUACACCACCGAUCCCCACAAACACAUGGCAUGCCUCACUGGGUCCGCAGAGUAUUCCUGGACUUGGUACCUCAGGUCCUCUUCAUGAAGCGUCCGCCAGGCACCGCAAAGCAGCACUGCAAGAAGCUUAUUGAGAUGAUGCACCGUCCAACAACGAUAUCUGCCACAGGCAACUCUCAGGCCUUCUGGACAGGCCUAGAGACUGGGCUAAUACAAAUGGCCCAGGCUGAAAAUAUAAUCCCAAGGACACAGUCUGACAGCCCAAGCAUCCUCGUCUGCUCACCAUCUCCACCCUCUUCCCCUCUUGGGAAGCACAAUGAAGAAGAUCACCCACUGAAGGCCGACAUUUUCAGCCGAUCCACAUCUGGUCAGUAUUCAGUUCUCUCAGAGAAGCAACCCCUACGCAGACACAACUCAGCGGCCUCGUCUUCUUCCCAAUUGUCAUUGCCCCCAACUUUGCCACUGGGUCCACUUCGCAACCUGUCGAGGGAAGAACCAAGUAGACUGGCCCCAAAUGGUCGCUCCCACAGCGUAGAGCAAAUGUGUGACCAACAGAAGUCGCUUCCUCAGAAAGCCAGACAUCUGUGUCGCUCCAGCAGUGUCCAGUACUGCUGUCUGCAUGAUGAUGGGGUCUCUGGAAUAAUGGGGCAGUUGAAAAAAACUCCUCCUACAGAUCAGCUAGCAGAAACCCUAACAGCAGAGUCCACAAAAGAUGCAAGUACCCAACAGGAUGCUGUGAUUCCAACUAUUUCUCCAGCUAUGAAACGGGCUAUAGAGGGAGUGCAGUACAUCGCUGAUCAUCUCAGGGCAGAAGAUGCAGACUUUUCAGUCAAGGAGGACUGGAAGUAUGUGGCCAUGGUCAUUGACAGGAUAUUCCUCUGGAUGUUUGUGCUGGUGUGUAUACUGGGAUCUGUGGGACUCUUUCUUCCUCCUUGGCUGGCUGGAAUGAUCUAGAAUCUCUGCAUCAAGGGAAAGAGAACACGGACAGACAGAAGGACGUGUUCCCCCAUUCUCUUAACAAAAAAAAGGUCUUUUUAUUUUCUGUUUUUCAAAAGGACUACUUGUCACAUUUCUCGCUCUUAGGCCGGGUCAUCGGAAGGUUACUCGCUAAAAGACAAGAUGAAAUAUCUAUCAUCGAUUUCAGUGGGCAUAUAAAUUCUUUAUGAGGGCAAAAGGCCAACAGCAAAAAUAUCCUUCCAUGUCACUCCGUUCUGACAUUGAGCUGUAUGGCUCAAUCAGAUACUCUUGUAAAAAACGGUGAAAAAUUGACUCUAACCCAUGAAGAACUAUGGAUGAUGCCACAGACAGACAAAGACUGUAGGCACCGGGAGCUGUUCAUAAGACUGUGUAAAGUUGAAUAUAUAGCUAA